AUGCUUCUCAACGCUAUAAAGGCAGUGAUAAAGUUUCAAAACAUCGAAGAAGAGCUUGAGGAGAAGUUUCGAGUGUAUGGGGAAACAAACAACCUUGACCGAGGUCUUUUUGCUUACCCAUUUCGCGACCUUUACCACCACAAAGACGAGCUUCUGCAGUACAAGGACCAGACCGAUGGCCCUAAAUCUCGACAUUCAGAGGAGUACAACCGAGAAUGCAACAGGCACAUCGACGUUCUCAUCCAAUAUCUCUAUGGACAACCUUCGAUUCGGUUACGAGAGGUCGAAGCCAUGUGGAACCGAAGUAUCCCAGUAACCACAUUCAGUUCGCUUUGGUUGCUGCUUAAGCCUGGCGCAACAGUCUACGUUCCUGAGAGAGGCGCCAUCAAUGCUUAUAUCAUUGAAUCGGUCAGGGGUGGCCCUCAGGGCAUAGGUUCAAUUGCCAAGGUGCAACCAUAUGCCGUACAUGUGUGGAAUCUUGAUUUUGAUGGGAAAAUCUUGCGUCGCUCGCAAAGAAAGAUUACCAUUCCAGUCUUCGACGGCGAAAGGGAGAUUCGGUCUCUGAGGCUCUACCCUGAAAGAUUCCAUGAAGUCAAGGAGGGCGAGAGACCUCAAAAGGAGCUGCUCAUUGAGCGCGGAAAGAAGUUCCUCGAGGUAGUAAAGUCGCCAACUUUCCAAGAGUAUACGGGACCAAGCCAGUUCCACGGGGCAAGAAAGUUCGACAAUGCUCGCUUCAUUGUUGAUCAUACAUCGCAACCUUGGGAAUACGAAAUAUCAAGAGAGCAACCUAAUCUCCAUGUACCUGGUUUACAGGAUGAAAUAGAGCUAGGCGCUCGAACACGAAUCCCGGCUUGUCAAUGCAUAGCGUGUGAGUAUUCGGCUUCUGAUGCUCCGAUAUACCAACGACUGGCUUUCGACGACUAUGACGACAUAGACCUUGAGGUAACAAAGACUUUGACUGAUGAGCAAUACAUGCUUUGUUGGUCGCAUGUAUACGGAUAUGCGCUGCAUGACCGACUGUGGGAUCUAAUUGAAGUAAAGGGGCUGAAGGACCCAAGAAUCGACAAGAACGUCAUUGAUACUCUUGUCAUGAGACCGGAGAGCAACAAGGCAAUGGUAAAAGCUAUUUGUGAGACAUACAGCCAAAAGGCGGAGCGUGAACAUCUUUUCUUCGCCGAUUUCAUCCGCGGAAAAGGUGAAGGCCAAGUCAUGCUCCUUCAUGGACCCCCGGGAACAGGAAAAACUCUCACUGCAGAAUCGGUUGCCGAAUAUACCCAGAGACCACUCCUAAGUAUCACGGCGGCAGACUUGGGGCAUGAACCUGAUGUGCUCGAACAAAACUUGCUCCGUUUUUUCCGGAACGCGACUAAAUGGGAUGCCAUUGUUCUCCUCGACGAGGCUGAUGUAUACCUUGAGAGGCGGUCAGCAAACGAUCUUAGGAGGAACAGCAUUGUGUCAGUCUUUCUUCGCGCUUUGGACUACUUCCAGGGUAUACUUUUCCUCACCACAAAUCGUGUUGGCUCUUUCGACGAAGCCUUCAUGUCUCGAAUCCACUUGCAGAUUGGCUACGAACCACUUGAUGAUGCUUCUCGGCUGGCGAUCUGGAACAACAGCUUCAAAAAGCUAAUCACCAACCACAAGCAAGGAGGAAGAGAGAUCAAAUACUCUAUCACCGCCAAGGAGUACGUUAAGACGUCAAAGAGCUUGCAGAGUCUUAAGUGGAAUGGCCGGGAAAUUCGUAACGCUUUUCAAACAGCCGUUGCACUUGCUUCGUAUGAAGCAAAACAAAACAACGAAGAAGUACCAACCAUUACAGAAGAUCAUGUGAGCCAAGUAGUCGAAAUGUCGGCUACUUUCAAGCAGUAUAUAAAAUCGGCACUGCAGGCAAAUGAUUCGGACAUAGCAUACCGUGAGCGGUUGCGGAACGAUAGAUUCAAACUCAUUCCAGUUGCGGAAGACAGGUUCUGA